GGAAGUGAGCGAGGUGCAUGUAUGACACUGCCAGAGAGACAGUGGAGACGGGGGAGACAAAAGUAGAGAGAGAGAGAGCGAGCGAGCGUGUGACACGUUGGCUUUAAGUGUGAGGGACAGUACAGAUAGCGGUGAUUAUUUUCAGGUAUACCUGAAGAUACAUGUACCUGACUAUAAAACUAAGACACCCAGUUUGCAUUCCUCUUUGGGUUGGCAGAACACAGUGUGGGAGCACGGUUAAGCGCCACACCAAGACCACCACCACAACCUACCCCUUCCAGAGGCCAUGGAGGAAGCCAAGGUCACAGAAGUUCCCCACCUGGAGAGGAGGGUCAGGAAGCGGAAAGAGCCCAUGGCCAUCCUGAAGACCAAGCUGAGCCGUAGCCUGUCCUGCUCCAUGCCCAGGGUCAAGACAACCCUGACUGGAUUAUUCCCUGUGGUGCUCUGGCUGCCCAGGUACAAGCUGAAAGAGUAUAUCUGGGGUGAUCUAAUGUCGGGCCUCGUCAUAGGCAUCAUCCUGGUCCCUCAGGCCAUCGCCUACUGUCUGCUGGCAGGAGUAGACCCCAUCUAUGGCCUCUACACUUCCUUCUUCGCCAACAUCAUCUACUUCUUCAUGGGGACCUCCAGGCACGUGUCUGUGGGCAUAUUCAGUCUGAUGAGCCUUAUGGUGGGCCAAGUGGUGGACAGAGAGGUGUAUAUGGCAGGGUUCGAUUUGGAUGACACCAAAGCAGAUGGAAUCUUGAAUGUGACAGUUGAGUCAGACAGCUCAGCCGUCAACCUGACCAUGGGGGCCUUCGGCAUGGAAUGUGGGAAAGAAUGUUAUGCCAUCAGUAUCGCAGCAGCCAUGACAUUUUUGGUUGGGAUUUACCAGGUAUUGAUGGCUGUGUUUAGACUGGGCUUUGUCUCCGUCUAUCUCUCUGCCCCCAUGCUGGACGGCUUCGCCACUGGCGCCUCGUUCACCAUCCUCACCGUCCAAGCCAAGUACCUCCUGGGGCUCAAGAUCCCUCGCCACCAGGGCUAUGGAACAGUGGUGGUCACCUGGAUCAACAUCUUAAGCAACAUCCAGAAUACCAACUACUGUGACCUGAUCACCAGUGCCAUCUGCAUCUCCGUCCUGGUGGCGGGGAAGGAGCUCCAAGAGCGCUUCAAGGACCGUCUUAAGAUCCCCCUGCCCACAGAGCUGGUGGUGGUGGCGAUCGCCACACUGGCGUCCCACUUUGGAGACUUUCAUAGACGGUAUGACUCCAAUGUCUCUGGGGCUAUCCCCACAGGCUUCAUCCCCCCUAAGGUGCCCAGUUUUGGGUUGAUGCCCAGGGUGGCCUUCGACGCCAUCCCACUGGCUGUGAUCAGCUUUGCCUUCACGGUUUCCCUCUCGGAGAUGUUUGCCAAGAAGAACGGCUACACCGUUCGCCCCAACCAGGAGAUGAUGGCCAUUGCUUUCUGUAACAUCAUCCCUUCUUUCUUCCACUGUUUUACCACCAGCGCUGCCCUGGCUAAGACUAUGGUGAAAGACUCCACGGGCUGCCAGACUCAGGUCUCCAGCAUUGUGAGUGCCUUCGUCGUUCUCCUGGUCCUACUCUUCUUUGCCCCCCUCUUUUACUCCCUCCAGAAGUGCGUCCUGGCCUGUAUCAUCAUCGUCAGCCUGAGGGGUGCGCUCCGUAAAUUCAGAGACGUGCCCAGUAAGUGGCGCAUCAGUAAGAUGGACGCAGUUGUCUGGAUGGUGACGAUGAGUGCCUCAGCUCUGAUCAGUGUGGAGAUGGGGCUGGUGGUUGGGGUAGUUUUCUCUAUGCUCUGUAUCAUCGUCCAGACCCAGAAGCCCAAGGUUUCUCUGCUGGGACAGAUCCAUGACACUGCCCACUACGAGGAUAUGGAGGAGUAUGAAAACCUCAUGUCUCUCCCUAAAGUAAAGAUAUUCCGUUUCCAGGCCCCGCUGUACUAUGCAAACAAUGACUUCUUCCUGAAGUCCCUGUACAAAGCCGUGGGCUUGGCACCCUUCCUGGAGAUGACCAGGAGGAGGAAAGCAGAGAAAAAAGGGGAAACACUGGCAGCGAAGGAGGCUGGGAGAGCCGACAAGACUAAUGGAGAGGUAAAGGUAGGGCUGGGUUCCAGAGAAUUUGACUUACAUACGAUCAUCCUAGACUGCUCUGCCAUGCCCUUCAUAGACUCAACAGGAAUGCAAACCUUCAAAGGGAUCCUUAAAGACUAUAAGGAGGUGGGUGUCACGGUGCUGCUAGCGAGCUGCAACACCACGGUCAUAGAUUCUCUCAGUCAAGGCUCUUUCUUUGGGAAGGCUGACAAAGACAUGGAAAACUUGUCAUUUUACACUGUACAUGCUGCAGUUCGAUUUGCCAAUGACAGGGCAGCUUCUACAUCAGAACUCUCCAACCCUGUUUCUCGAGAGCUACCGUCCUGUAGGUUUUCGAUCCAACCCUAAUCUAGCACAGUUGUUAGUUGAUAAACUGAGUCAAGUUAGUUAAAACUGGGGUUGGAGUAAAAACCUACAGGAGGCUAGCUCUCUAGGAACAGAGUUGGAGAACCCUGAUCUACAUCCAUUGGUGACGCACAGAAAGGUUGGAGGCACCUUCAUUGGGGAGGACAGACUCGUGGUAAUGUCUGGAGCGGAAUCAGUGGAAUGCGACCAAAUAGUUAACAGUAUAGGAACCUAUUGAACUUUUCAACAACAAAAUAUUCCCUUAAUGUUAUACUUGAAUUAUAAGACAAGCAAGCUUUUGUACAGUGAUGACCAUGUGUCAGUGAUACUGUUAAUGCGCUGGAUGUUUUAUAGGGGAUUUAUGAUUGACCAUCCAAUUAAUAAUCAAGGGAGUAUCAAUAUAUUUUAUGUUACAUUUUGAGUUUGGCCAGGACAGAUUCACCGUAACAUAGUACAUUUCGACUUCACAAUUUAUUUUCUAAAACACAACCUAUGGUUAGUAAUCCAAUAUGUUACCUCAAGAUGUACAAUAUUAGUUGACUUUUCAGAUUAACUUUUGAAGUUUGGAAUCUCAAAAAUUAAUUAAAUUCCCAUUUAAUAUUUCUUAAAAUCUGUACAUUUGAGUUACCAAAAGGAACAAUAAUUUUGUAUAUUUAUACAGUAUCUGGAAAUCCAUGGUUUAAUAAACUAUUAC